AUGGACGCACACCUAAAUUGCGUGGUAAUGGUAGGUACCUGGGCCUGGCACAUCGUCUGGCAUAUCACGGAAUCUCACUCUUUGGCACAUGUGGCUCAGGUGGCAGGGUUGAGACGAUUGGCUCAAUGAUUUAUUUUAGGGGUAGCGACUGGCUCACACAGUAAUAUACCCCGGCUAAUGGCGCGAUCGGGUAUGGUGACACAGGACCUUUCCAGGAAGGCACGCGCCUACUCCGACAUGGCAUUCGGGCUAGCUUGGCGCCAAGGAAGAAGGGUAUAUAGAUGGCACAUCCCCGCAUCUCGGUUGCCUGCCCACCGAGACUGCUACAACGACAACGACAACACCACAACGCCCACGGCGACACCCCCGAUACAUCGAGGGGUACAACGACACGAGGAUACAUCGUGACCCGAACAACACCACCACAGAACCACCACACGGGAAGCGACACAGCAGCGAAGGGGACACAGUAAAGGGUGCCCCCACGACAACUACAGAAACAUCACACACGAAGCGAAGCGAGGAGCGAGGGACACCACCGGGCGCAUCACGAUCGAGAGGUACGUCGCUCGCAUAAUGAACCAAACUAACAACCGGGUACAGAAUACUGACAGCGAUGAGCGACAGGUGCAGCCAUCGGAAAAAAGGCACGAGGACAGCAUGUCGUCAGAUCCAUCGAUGUCGAGGGUACCGGAGACGACACUACCGCGGACCUCGUCGGAGGUGUGCGAACAGGACCGGGAGUUACGGUCGCGACCAGAGGUGUACGUGCAGGCGACGCAGGAGUCCCCGGUUCGGAUGGAGGACGAGGUGCACGACAUCCGCGAUGAUGUCCGGGGGCUGGCGACCAGGUUCGAUGGCCUGGAGGAGAGGAUGGACGAGAGCGACCGGAGGAUAGACGAGCGGUUUGAUACCAUCAAGGAGUGGACCGAAGGGAUGAAGCAGUGGACCGUGGGAGUAGCGGAGACGCUGUGGACGAUGACGGAAGAGCUGGCUGAGAUCCGGAGCCGGGUCGGACGGGCAGAAUAG